GCAGCCCCCUCCCACCGCCCCACUCCGCUCCACCCACUGGGCAGACGCGCAAAAAUCCGCCGCCAGAAAGAAGAGCGGCCGCGGCCGACCGCAAUUAUCACCUGGUGCUGGCUACGGUAGCGGCGAGACGCGCGCGUACGGGAUCUACCACGUGGCCACGUGGCGAUGGUGGAGUGAAAAAAAUACGAGAGGACGACGAGUGCUGGUUCGGUUGUGGUGCGGGUGUGCUGGAAGCCAUGCUUCCUCUGGCGACGACUCAGUGAGUGCAGCAGCGACUGGGACACACCAUGUCCCAGUUUGGCUUCCGAGCAUCGCCGAAUACUCAGAGUGCAGUAUCGUCGGGACCUAGUCAACCCUCACCACCUCCUUCAAGCAUGGCAGUCACAUCUUCAGCACCAACACCAGGAAGUCCGCCCGCCCCCACUCAACGAUGCUGUGAUACAGGCAGACCCCUCUUCACCGACCCCAUCACGGGCCAAAGUGUGUGCUCGUGUCAGUACGAACUUUUAGGGUACCAGAGGCUCGCCGGGGGAGUCCCCGGCCUGCCGGCCCUCUCCAUGUACAGCGCCCCCUAUCCCGAGGGGAUGGCGGCGUACUUCCCCGCCCUGGGCGCGGACCAGGCCCCCUUCUACACCUCCACGGCUGCCGGUUUAGAAUUAAAAGAAAACUUGGCAGCUGGGGCUGCGACAUGGCCCUACCCUUCCGUUUAUCAUCCCUACGAUACCGCCUUCGCAGGAUAUCCAUUUAAUGGAUAUGGCAUGGAUCUCAACGGUGCGCGUCGAAAAAACGCGACCAGAGAAACGACCAGUACUCUCAAGGCAUGGCUCAACGAACACAAGAAGAACCCGUACCCGACCAAAGGCGAGAAGAUCAUGCUCGCGAUCAUCACCAAGAUGACGCUGACGCAGGUCUCCACAUGGUUCGCGAACGCGAGGAGAAGAUUGAAGAAGGAGAACAAGAUGACUUGGGAGCCGAGGAACAGGGUGGAGGACGAAGAUAACAAUAACGACGACGACGACCACAAGAGCACAGACGGAAAGGACCUUCUAGAUUCCAAGGACUCCGGCACCGCCUCCAGCGAGGACGGCGACCGGCAGCCGCACUCGCGCCUCGCGCCCGACACCGCCAGCGAGUGGAGCGAGUCGCGCCCGGACAGCGGCCCCGACAGUCCCGAGUGCUACGAGCGCCCCCCGCACCCCGCCUUCCUGCCGCCGCGGUCGUCCGGCUCGCCGCCGCAGAUCUCCGCCUCCGUCACCUCCAAGCCCCGAAUCUGGUCCCUCGCGGACAUGGCGAGCAAGGAGAGCGACGGGCCGCCGCAGUCCGCCGCCUCGUCGCUGUAUUCAACGGCGGCGGGGCGGCUCGUGCCGUCGUUGGCCGGGCGGCUGCCGCCGCCGGGUCUGCACACGGCGCCCUACGCCCGCCCCCACGACUUCUACCGGAGUCUGUACGCGCCCGCCGGGCCCGGCGGCAGCGGCGGCGCGCCCGACGCCACCCUGCUGGAGACGUACCGGAGCUUGGGGGCGGCCAACCUGGUGGCCCACCAGAGCGCGGGCCUCACCAAGGCGUCGCUGGCGGCGGCGGCAUCCAACAGCGGGCAGGGGCUGCCGUUGGGGCUGACGAGCAGCUCGCGGCUGUCGCCGUCCUCGACGAGCUCGCUGUCCUCGGGCUCGGAGACGCCGCUCAAGCCGGUGGCGCUGAACAAGGCCUGACCGGCGGCGGCGGCGGGUUCGCGGCCAUGAUCUACCUCGGCAACGUGCAUGACCAACGUGGACAAUAAGAGACGCUGAUACCCGUAGUGUGCUGUACAGUAAAUGUGAUAUAUACCUUUCGGUUCCUUAGUUUGCGGGCGCAUGGACAGUCUUCGCCUUAGGUCUUUUGUAAAUAGAGCGACUGCCGGAGGCAGCAGUAUAAAAAACUUGUAUCUAUGUAUGUAAUUAGUUUAGAAAUGUAAGCAGAUAUUUGUUAUUAUAAUGUGUAAUAUUAAGAACAAUAUACAUUCAAAACAAAAUACGUGGAAAUUACUAUGCUGUAUUCAUUGUACUAUACAAAUUUCACCACACACGAGUAUUUUUUCCAGCAGACAUAUCAUGCAGUCUAACAUUGUAUUUAUAUUUCCAUUUUAUCCGAUCGUGUGUUGACGCUGCAAUAAAGUAAAUCGUUCAUUAUUUA